AUGGCUUCAGGAUAUCCAGCUCCACCGGCUUACCACCAUCAGCCUGACAUGGCUGGCGCACCGCCUCAGCAUCCUGGCUACGCUACACUGCCGCCUCCCAUGCCCUCGACCAGCUACUAUCAAGAUCCCAUGGCAAACCCCCACCGCCCGAACAUGCCUCCCCCUCGCGCUAAUAUAAUGCCUCCAUCCAUACCUGGUCCUGGCCCUGGCCCCGGCCCAGGCUCCGGCUCCAACUCCGGCCCUAGAGACCGAACUGCCGAGCUCGGCGCGUCCGAAAACGGCAUGGGAAACCAACCCUCGACCCAAACUACUACCCAGUCCGAGGCAGAGGAGUCGAGUUCUGUUAACUUAGAACCACGAGAGGGUAGCGAUGGUACCAGAAAAUAUAGAGUGCAAACCAAAACUGCUGUUGACCGUAUGCCUAUGACAGAUUGGAAGUGGUUCAGCAACCAUUAA